UUUUGAUGAAUAAUUGGAGGUUAUGUUACAUAAGAAAAUUCAAAACAAUCGCAGAUUCAAAUGAAAAUCUGAAGAAAAACUCAAUAAAACCAAAAAAAUAUCAAACGUAAACCAUGGCAAAAGUCUUUAACAGCCUCAGGCUGGGAUUUUUACCAUUUAUAAGUCAGUACUUUAGCCUGGAUAGUUUAAAUAAACAAACCGAAACCGAACGAUUAGCCGCCCCACAAAUUGCGGAACAAGCCAGAAAUCAGGAAACUGGCUGGGAUAGAGUGAAAAAAAUGUUCCAAGUGGAUGAAUUGGGCAACCUUACACCCGAAUUUAACUCAAUAACACAAAGUGCCUGUAUGAGCAUGUUUGUGGGAGGCUUAUUCGGAGGAACCGCGGCAGGCAAAACGGCGUACGAAAAAUUCAUGAAAAACAACGAGGCGACAACUUUCAAGUCACAUUUAGAUGCCAAAAGAGAACUUCAAGAUGCUGUUACUAGGGCUUUUUCAAAGGGGGCUCUUAAAUGGGCUACAAAAUUGACAGUGUUUUCAGUUUCAUUUAUAGGUCUUACAACAUUAAUACAAGUGUAUAGAGGCAAAUAUGGGGUGAUGGAAUAUGUAGGUGCGGGUGCAGCCACUGGAUUUUUAGUUAAAUUUAAUGGAGGCCCUAGGACUUGGGUAGUGAGCAGUGCUGUUGGUUCAACGUUGGGGCUGAUUUGCGGCGGCACAACAUUGGGUAUACUAAAACUGUCCGGUCUUUCAAUGGAAGAAGCCAGAUACUGGCAGCAGAAAUGGAAAAAUCACCGGAGUGAACACUUCAGGAAAGGUAUAGCUGACUAUUUGGAAAAGGAAGAUUUUGCUGUGAUUAAAAUUCAUAACGAUGAAGUUGGAGAAGCUGGUAGGAGUUUAGAUAAUUUGGUUGAGGAAAAGGUUGAAUUAAGUAAAUAAAUUAUUUUAAUGUAGACAAAAAAAUGGUUUUUAGUUUUUCUGAUAAGCAAAUUCAUAUUGUGUUCUUGAAAUGUUUGCUAACAACUUCCAAAACUUUUUCCACUAAUAUACCCUGUAUGAACUUAUGAAGUCAACAUUUUUGAAAGUCUGUGAUGUGGAUUUAAAAAAAAUUGAUUGCGAUAUACAAGGUGGUUUCUGAAGACAAUAUAAAAUUGGUCACUGAGAAGAAAUGCAACAAAUUUGUAAAAUUGGCUCUCAACUUUGGCCUGUAAGUUUUGAAAUUCUCAUUGGUUUACUUUAAAUUGGGCCAAAAAGCAUUUCCCAACAAAAAUUUUUUAGUAGGAUGAAAGUGAACGAGUUUUGUAUUGUUUUCAGAAAGCACCCUGUAUAUUUCAAAUAAAACUAAUCUACUGAGUGAGUACGUAUACCUGUUUAUUUAGGUUUUUUCCGAAAAUAGUUGGAACAAGUUAAAAAAAAUUGAAUAUGGUUGUUUCAACAGACUGUGGUAAGUAAAAUAUAUAUUAUAUUAUAUAAGAAAGUCUAAAUUGUUGUGGGGGGGAAUUACAGGAGGAGGAGGAGUAGUACUAGUAGUAGUUGUAGUACUAGUAGUAGUUGUAGUAGUAGUACUUGUAGGUUGCAGUGGAACAUCAGAAAGUUGGCAAAUAUAGUUUCGAUGACUUUGGCAGGUUUGUUCUUCCCAUUGGUAAGGAUUAACUGGUCCAAUAUCCGUACCCAUUUGAAUGCAAAAAUCGUUUACUCCAUCACCAUCUCCAGGUUGAUUUUUGGCCCAAUUUUUGAAGCCGACAACCUCUUGUGUUUCGAUCCACACCCAUCCGCCAUUGUUGCGUCUAAUACCACCAAGCCAGUAAGUA